CCCACCUCUGUCGAGCGGCCGAAGCAGCAGCGGCGGCCGUGGUGGUUGCGGCCGGGGGAGCAGCACAGCCGAGGACAGCAAACGAUCAAACGCAAGCUGUGGGCACUGCUCCGGGGCGGAACGAAAGCACCAGUGGUGCACGAGAUGAACGCGAGGACACGCGCAUUUGCAGAACCGGUGUAGAAGUACCACGAGGACCCUCCGCGCCAUCCUUUUUUGCGCCAGAUGUAGUUGUACAAGAAGAUGAACAUCAAGAUCAUGGUGCGGGCAACUACAACAUAGACCACAACGACCAGGCGGACGACACGACAGAUUUAUUUCUGUCGGCCAUCAAGGAACUGGAGCCUAUUCCAGUGAUUGCGGAAGUGCCCAGCGGUUACAGUUGUUGCGGCGUCCACGAAGAUCCUUCUAGAAGCAGCGACGACGGCGCCCCCUUCGAGCAGGACGAGGACUUUUCCGUGGACCGAGCGGAAACUGCGGAAGGGCAAAGACCAUGGGCGACGUCUUCGCAGGAUAUUGCAGCCCCCUCCCCAUUACGGAAGAACUUCGGAUAUCGGAAGAAGAUGAUAACUACUACCAGUAAAAAUUCCUACUUGAAGAAGUCCAUCCUCUGUGUUGCAGAUGCAGACAAGAAUGGAAAUAAACGAAAAGCAACAAGGACGAGAAGAAAAGCAGAGCGCCGGCGGCGGAAGAGCAACACGCUGAGCGAUCUCCGCCUCAACUUAGAGAAGCACCUGUUCUUGAGGAACAGUCAGGAAGAACGCCUCUCCUGCACCGGAUCCACGCCGCCCGCGGAAAAGAGAGGUACUGUUAACGCGACAACCACCAGCACUUCUCGGAUCCACGCCCUGCAAGGUGUGCCUCGUCGGGCGGCUGGUGCAGUGGGCGCUGCGACUUCUUCUUUUUCUCGAAGGAGUAGACCACAACAAAUUGGAGAUCCGCGUGGCUGCUCCCCGCGGCGGCUGCUUCUUCCCAUCCCUACCUCUAGCAAGACCGCAUGUUGUCCCUCAUCCGCAGCAGCGACGGACGAGCGAAGGGGAACUGCACCUCCGGGUGGAAGGAACUACAGUAACCGCACCUGGCCUGCUGAACCGGUCGUACCCAAACUGCCGCUCGCGAGCCUCAAUAGGAUCGGGACGGUUCUUUCUUCUGCUGGCGCAGGAGAGCGGAGUUCUGUUUCUUCGUGUAGUUUCUCGACUAGGAGGAGUAAUCAGCCUCGGGCCCCCCUUUCUAGGUUGGCCAGUGCUCCCGUCACUCCGAAGACUACACUGGCCGACGAGCGCGAGGUUGCAAAUGUUGGUCUUGUGCCGCACGACCAAGAGG